AUGAUGGAAGCACGUGCUUGUUCCACUCCGAUGGCUGUUGGUGUCAAGCUUAGUUCUACAGACAGUGAACUUUUUCAAGAUCCUGGUUUAUACCGCAGUACUGUAGGGGCCUUACAAUAUCUCACUUUGACCAGGCCAGACAUCAACUUCAUAGUGAAUAAGCUAAGCCAAUUCUUACAAGCUCCAACGGAGUUGCAAUGGCAAGCUUGUAAACGGGUGUUACGGUAUAUAAAAGGUUUUCUGCCUUAUGGUCUUCAUUUUAAACCAGCAAGCACUCUGCAUGUAGAGUGCUAUGCUGAUGCUGACUGGGGUGGUAAUUUAGAGGAUCGAAGAUCAACAAGUGAUUGUUAUGUUUACCUAGGACCGAACUUGAUUCAGUGGAGUUCUAGGAAACAGAAAGUUGUUGCUCUUUCUUCCACUGAAGUAGAGUACCGAGCUCUUGUUCAAACUGCCAUAGAAGUAGCAUGGUUACAGAGUAUGUUUACUGAGUUGGGGUUAUCUUUUCACACUGUUCCUGUGAUAUGGUGUGACAAUAUUGCUGAUCUUCUUACUAAGACAUUGUCAGUUGCUCAUUUUAAUGAGUUAAGGUUCAAACUGAAUGUGGUAUCCCUUGAUGAUAGCUGCAAAUCAGUAUGA